UCCUCUUACUUUCCCCCAACUGGAACAAAGUUUCAUUUUCUCGACUGUCUGCUAGGGACAUUAGAAGAUUCUGCGAAAUAAAAUGCCCGUGAAUAAAUCUUUCUUGCCGGAACCCUUUUGAACUUCACGUACAUUUUUCAAGACGAACCUAUCUUUAUUCAUUAUACAUAUGCCGAUUCUUCCCAAUUAUAUGCAACUUAUUCAUUCAAAGUGAUCUCUUUCUUGCAAUAAUAUCCAAAUAUCUGUUACAAUCGAUAAGCUCUCUUUUCUGGCGCCAGUUGUCAAAAAAGUUGGUGGGCUAGAUACAUCUCGCUCAUCGUUUGGACUUGUCUUCAGUUUGAUCCUGCUAUUGAGAGUAUGCAUCAUGAAUAACUCAAGCGAUAGAAAUCGCUAUCUCUGGCACACCCUUCUCCUAGCAGUCACAUGUGUGGUUUCUUUUGCAGUUGUAAUUCAAGCUCAAGACUCAUCAUUUUCUAUUAGCUUCAGUUCAGGAGACUUGUUGCUUCCUUGUGUGUACCGAGGACAGCCACAUCUCCACGGAGAUGUAUGGAAUGUAGACGAAUGUACCGCUUGUAAUUGUGACAAUGCCACUGUUACCUGUGUCAUCGAGAGUUGUCAGCCCGCCUUCUGCGCUGAGCCCUUAAAGCCGGAAGGAGAAUGUUGCUUUCUCUGUCCUUACAAUGUUAAAGUGAAGAAGGUACUCCCUGAGAUCACCAGUACAAACACCAUAGCAGAAGGAGGAGAUAACAGAAUUAGCCUGGAUGUACCUAUCAAGUUUCAAGAGGCCAUGGAUACAACCGGGGUGAGUGGUGAGGACUUGUGGACACUGAGUGCUUGGGCGUCAUCAACACCUGAUGGAAGAGGACCAAGGUACGGCUAUAAUAGAAACGUUUUGGACGAUAUUCAAGAGGAUCAGGAUUACAAAAAGAAGGAUAAAUUUCAAUUUUCGGACAUCGAUUUCCGAUUCAAUGAUCCGAUGGCCGAGUGUGAAGACAUGAAGUACAUCUGCGUUCGCAUCCAACGAGGGGCGGCUCCCAUUACUACUGGAGAUCUAGAAUAUCAGUUCUCCGGUUAUCCGGAUGAUAAUGUUCUUACAGGUUGCACCGGCUCUCCAGAAUGUAUAGGUAUCGCUGCCAGGGAAAUGGAUUGGACCCUAGAACCCCUUGAAACGGUUAUUCCGGGUGAACGGACAGCAGUUAGCAUCGAUAAUACGGUAAUAUUCAAAGAGAACAAUCCCUUACUCACAGGAGAUGGUCUGUGGCGCAUGGGACUAUUCGGCAGCCGGAACGCAGAAGGCACCGGGGAUCGUUUCAGCUACGUUUCCCAGACACUGAGCUUACCACAGCAAGGAACUACGCUGAAUCCCAACCUACCUCUUGAAUUUAUGGAUGCAGAAACAGAGUUUGAAAUGGGCUCCGUCGGUUGUAAUGAAUAUGGUUAUGUGUGUGUUGAAUUCACCGGAGGUGACGACCCAAUGCCAAGCUUCUUCUUUAGGGUAGAAGAUGCAGUAGAUUCUUCAAAGGAGGCUAACACCCUCGUCAGUUGCCGUGAGCAAGAGUGUCUCUCAAAUGUAUGGGCAGAGUCUUUGGACUGGGAUUUGAUACCAACUGACAGAGUCUUACCCGGUCAAGAAACCGGUGUGAGUAUUGAUAGCACUAUCAUGUUUGAAGAAGAUAACCGCGAGGUUGCUGGAAGUGGUCUUUGGAGGAAAGGAUUGUUUGGGAGUAGAAAUCCCGAUGGCAGUGGAGAAAGGUUCAACUAUCAACGUCAGAUCCUAGACAGACCCCAACAAAGCAUUACUUUGGAUAAGAACAGUGGAAUGUUAGACGUCAACGAAGCGACAACAACAUUUGAGAUCGGCACUGUCGGUUGCAAUGACUUUGGCUAUGUAUGCGUUGAAUUUACCGGAGGUGACAGCCCGAAUCCGAUGUACUAUUUUAGAGUUGUAGGAUCUGCUAAUGACUACCCUGAGGAAAACACACUUGUGACCUGCAAGGAACAGGAAUGUUUAGCAAGGGCCAUAUUUACAGACCUUGACGUUGACCUCGGUGACCAAGUGCUCGUCGAAAAUAAGAACAACUUUUUAAACGUAGACUUGAGUGGGAUUACGGCAGAUGACUCCACCAACGUGAUAGGAGAUGAACUAUGGAAAGUGUCUGCAUAUGCCAGCCAAAAUCCUGAAGGAACUGGGUCGAAGGUUGGAUUAGUAGAACAGAUUCUGGAUCCGUUUACAGCCGCUGCGGACCUCAACGAAGGAGAAGAUCUGCCAAUGGAUGGUGUUGAUUUCGACUUUGAUAUGACGGGUUUGAGAUGCGAGGAUGUACCAUACCUCUGCUUCGAUCUGGAUAAAAAUCCAGACGCGACUGUGAAUUUUAUAUAUGAGUCUCGUCCUGACGAAGCUGCCACUACAACAUGUGUUGAUUUCCGUGACCGCUGCAAAGGUGCUACUGCAAUUGAUGUUGACUGGGAUCUGGAGGUUGGAGAUGGCCCAUUCGACGAGCCACUCCCUCUGACCAUCGACGCUGAUGUACUCUUCGAACCAGACAGCCCCGAUGUUAACGGAGACGGCUUGUGGCAGUUAGGUGUUUUCGCCGCGAAGAAUCCAGAGGGUUCUGGACCCCGUAAAGAUGAAGUGACCCAGGUGCUUGAUCCCCUCGACCAGUCGGUGCCCCUAGACGAAGGUGGACCUCUCCCCUUAGACGAUGUAGAUUUUCCAUUCCCGAUCAACGAAGUCGGCUGUAGUGAUUAUAACUACCUUUGCGUGGAAUUUAAGAAAGGAGAGGCGCCCUCACCCGACUUCAAGUUCGAGACUCAGAGCGGAGAGGACUCGAUUAUAUCAUGCAAGGAACAGCCAUGUAGAGGUGCUCUUCCAUUUUUUUUCAAUAUUUUAUUAUACCUUUUUUAAGGAAAGUGAUUUAGCCACCAGCAAUGCAAUUUACUUGUACCCACAAAUCAAUGGCAAUAGAGUUUCAUGGUGUAUAAGAGUAAAUCAAUUUUUAUGCAAGGUUACAUCUAAACUUACCCCCACUAACCUAUGGUACAGAUUAGGUGUUGCUAACGCCGGCGAGUCUCCAUCAAGAAGUCCCAGGAGCCCACUUCUUUUCAAUCCUAUCAAGGGGCGUAAACAUCAGAUGUUCAGCAGGGAAAGUCUGUGCAGGUGAAUAGGUUCUACCAGGUGAUCAAUAUGUAGAAUGUUACAGGUGAUCUCCUCAGGUAAGCAUGAAUAAUCGGUCUAAAGAAAUGGCUUGACAUUGAAUCCCACCCCCUCCAAAAAAUAGGUUAUAGGUUCAAGAUGGCCACGUAGAGGAAAUAUUCAAAAGAAUUAGCCGCAUCCAUUCAUCUGACUGGAGUUGUAUUCAUCAAGCGGCCAGUUGUUACAGACCACCAGUUGGCAGUUGCUAAAGGAUUGGGGAAAUUAUUCGCACCAGAUCAACGCCUUCAGCCUUCUAUCACCAUAAGGUGCGUAUAAAUAUAUUUGUAUGCAUCUUCAUGCUAACAUUAUCGUUACAGCUUAACCAUGUUUGUUCGUAUGACGACGACUAUGCUGUGAAGACCACCGCCUUGAAGAAGGAAAGUUCAAAACUUCACGUACUAGAAAGGAAUGAUGAUCAGUGCACACGUCAACCUAACAAAUAUCAGUAUCGGAUAACAAGGUAUGUACAGGGUAAGUGGUAGUAAUUUGAAUUGAUCAAGCAAACUUGUAAGUACUGUACAAGUUGAAUGUGUGAUUUCAAUGUUAUAUACAGCUCUAGGUUAGGUCAAGCGUCGUUUGUAGGUCCGUGGUCAAGACAAGGUCGGUCAAGUCCAGCACCUUCCAAGGAUCUACUGUAUGAAGAACAUGCCUGAGCAAGGGACCCACACACUCAAGUCCUUGCACAAGUAUCGAGAGUUGGUAAUAUCCUUUUAACGUCAGUAAUGUUACACCAUGAAAUUAUUUGUUUCCCAAAUAAUGGAAAUUAGAUUACAGCUUUAGGUUAGAUGUUAUCGUGCGAUGGUGAAUCUGAUGGAGUGGAAAUCGGUUCUGAUCAGAUGGGACUCUACACUCCUGAUCAGGACUAUGAGAUUUAUCAUUAGAUUCGGAAGGAUCCAUCGGAAGAUGAGUGGGUAACUUCAGAAGAGGAAGACCGGACAUGAUCACCAAAGAUUCAAACCAAUGAGCAUGAUGGGGGAAAGAGAAGAUGCUCACCUGUAUACCAAACGACUUCCAGAACUGGGAUGAGCGACGCGAACAGGAUGAAGAAGAAACGACUUCUAUUUGUACUUUGAUGACGGAGAAUCGGACUGGUAGACCCUACAACGAUCAUUGGUGAGGGGGCGCUGUUAACGCAAGCGGAAUACACGAACUUGAUCGUUGAAGCAAGGCAGAGAGAGAAAAACAACAUCAAUCGGGUUUAUGGAAUGAAUUAUCUUCUGCAUUCCGAGACGUUCGUUAAAGGGUCACUGGUCACUGGCGACAACACCUAAGUAUGCGUAUCAUUCAUAGAAAUGAAUAGGAAAUGUAUAGCGAUCAUCAGGCUUCAAUCGUAAGGAAGUUCAAAUUCAUCUCAAUAGACAUACCCUCUGAUGAGAAAGUAAUCAACGAUAUAGUGCCCCUCCACUGAAGAGCAAAUCAGAACCUGGUCCUCGUAAUGAAAGUAGAUUCCCUGGACAAUAUCUUAUCAUUUAAGUUAUCAAUAGAUGGGUAGACUUUGAAUCAGACUUAUGUAUAUCAAAUUGUGAAUUGCCGUUUCUUGCAAGCAUUCUAGAUUGAGUGGAUAAUGGUGUUGUGGUCAUAAUCCGCCGUACACGUGUUUGUGUCUACUCUCAGGUGGGUGUUUCAUAAAGCUGUUCGUAAGUUAAAAUUGACUUUAAAAAUGACCGAUGGUCCUUUCUUGUGGUAAAUGGUAUACACCCGAAUGUUGAUUGGCAAUAGUUUAUCGCGUAAGAAAGCUUCACCAGUCGUUCCUGAAGUCACUCUUAACUUAACAUCAUAUUUAUGAAACACCUCCAGGCCUCUUACACCCCUACUGUCUUGUUAACAUAUAACUAAAAAAUACGUGAAAUCUUAAAGCGAAUGUAAAGCGCCGCGCUUGCAAGGCACGAUGGACGUGUAACCGACGUGAAACGAGCCAUGACUUCAUAUUUAACCAUUAGUUUAAGGUGACCUCUUCAGUUUGCUUUUAGGUUUCAUGUAAAAAAAGGACUUACAGGAAGUACGAUAAUCAUGAGCAUCACUCGCGUAGUCAUGUGUUUUUAAGAUCGCACCCACGGAGGUGUUCGGUGGGUUACCAGGUCAUUAAAAACUGCACAAUUAAAACUCAUUUUUCAUAUAUUUUUUAAUGAAAUAGGAAUUUCUUAAAGGGAUAGAAAAGUAUUAGUAAGGGGCAUAAACCAUGCUGAUAGUAUUAUCAUACCACGAUACUUGCAUUAAAAAUAAGUGUGUGACAGUUUUUAAAAUGAAUUAUGACGAAUUUAGUGUUUUUUUUUUUCGAGAGGCAAGCAAUACAGAGUCGAACUAGGAGACAGACUCAAGUGGCUCAACGGCUACACGAUGGGCGUUAUUAUGACAUAGCGCUUCCAUCAUGUCCAUCAUGUUUACAUGUGCCUUGGUCUUUGAAUUAAAAUGGACGACGCCGUCGUCAAGAGAGAGAAAUAGUUAUUUUCAGCCAUUUCUGCACUAAAAAAUAUCAAGUUUACCUUUCCAUUUUUGUUAAGAUAUCUUUAAAAAAAAUAUGAAGUCAAUUCUUUGUUUUUGUCAUAUUAUUCAUUAAGUUAGUUUUGUAAUGGUAAGAGUGUUUUUUAUCUUUGUAUUUCAAUAUGACUUAUAAGGCAAGUAAGUAAGAAAUAUUACAUUAUUAUUGAUUAAUACAAUUAUUUUGAUGUACAUGUACAAUAUACGAUAUAAUAAGAUUAUUACACUACCUUGUUGCUUUGUGAUUAUUGUCAUUUAACGUUCUAUUUAAUUUUUUUCCAAUUUUGAAUAUCAUGUAUGUACUAUAUGUUUCUUAAAGUCCAUUUGCUUUUCAUUUAUUUUAAUAUUCUGUUCUUAUCAUCAAUGUUAGAUACAAAAUAAUGCAUGAAAAUGAAAGUAAACAGAUGGGUGUUCCAUUAAGCUGUUCGUAAGAUAUGAGAGACUACAAAGGCGACUAGUGACCCUUUAUGAGCUAAAUCUAAAUCAGGACCUCAAAAUUUGGUGUAGAUAUUUUACCCCAAGAAAGAGUCACCAGUCGUCCGUAAAAUCGUGCGUAACGUAAGAAUAGCUUGAUGAAACCGCACCGUGAGGCUGUUUCAGAAAGCUGCUCGUAAUUAUGCCCAUCGAUAUCCGAAAGCUGGAAAGAGAUACAACGCCCUCUUUUGAGGCCAUUAAAAGUACUCUAAAAGUAAAAAAGUCAAGUGCGCACAAAGUUUCGCACUUAUUUUUCUUGCGUGUGCGAGUUGUUUCUGGUAUGACCCCAUCCAUAUGCUAUUGUGUCAUGGAGUAAUUUUUCAUUUAUUUCAAGGUGGUCCGUGCAGCUUUUUGGUGUCGAUGGUGAUGCCAAUAAUAAUGAUGAUGAUGAUGAUAAUAAUAAUAGGCAUUUAUAUAGCGCCAUCUAUCUAGAAAUAUUCUUUUUCGAGGCGCUUGGUUGUUGUUAUUAUUACCCCGGCUUUAGCUCGAGCUGCCUUUUAGCGCUCAUGCACUCAGGGAAUUAAUCAUGCCGGGUACCCAUUCACCCCACCUGGGUUGAGUGCAGCAAUGAUCUGUGUACAAGAGGGAAGAUCAGUGAAAAAAAUGUAAAAGGGAGCUUUCGGAAUCGCAACGGGGACGGAUUCUACAAUCACGGACCCUACCACAAAUUCUACAACCUACAACAUAGAAGAUCUAUUGUCAAAAAGCCCUUCAUGACUAAGAAGCCUUUGUCGAAAAUCGGUGAAUCAAAACAUCAGUUUCGUCUAAGACCAUGGACUACUAGUAAUGGUAUCAAUGGUACUCUAAAAGAUAUACAAUCAAUACAACUGUCUUAACCCCUUGUGGUCAAAUCCGUAAAAUUGAUAUAUUCUAUAAUAAAGAAAAUAUAUAUAAAACGACGAUCAGCCGUCCCGGUUCACCAAGUUUUGACAAAUACUUCUCGGCUGUUAAUCGUGAUUUGACGGGCAUUUUCAAAGGAUUUUCUAUGUUGCAGAAUUUUUUGUUCAUUUGACAUGUCCUUUCAAAAGGACAUUAUUUCAUGCUCAUUACAUGGCAUUGUAUAUUCUAUAAAAUAAUCCCCAACUAUUCGCUUAGCCAUGUAAGCCCUUAUUUAUGUAAAAGUGUGAACAUUUUUGUUCAAUAUGUAAUUGCGUCUACUAAGAUUAUCUACCCUCCAUUUCUUUUGUGAAGAAAAUAAUAUAAUGCUUUGAAUAGAUGUGCCUAACAUCAAGUUUAAAUUCCUUGUAUUAUCAUGAUAUUAACAGAAAAGGUGACGUAGAUGUUUAUCAUGUCAGUAGGGCUAUGAUUAAGAAAUAUGUUUUUAUGUACAGUACUUAGAUAUUAGUAAGAUGGUGUUUGCACUGAGUGAAGGCUUUGUUACAUUGAAAAUCCGCAAAAUGACGAUCUUGUCGAUAUAAUUGUUUGAUUUAAUAAAUAUAUAAAAAUGCA